CGCCCCUCUCACCAAUACCUCUUCAUUCUUCACCGCGCCCCCAACCUCGAAGAGUUCGGAAGUUUCCAGACCCCCAAAGGCGAAGCGGCGAUGAGUUCCACCGGAGGCGGCGGCCGCGGGAAGGCGAAGCCAGCGACCAAGUCAGUGUCGCGGUCCUCAAAGGCUGGGCUCCAGUUCCCCGUCGGCCGCAUCGCGCGGUACCUCAAGGCCGGCAAGUACGCGGAGCGCGUCGGCGCCGGGGCCCCCGUGUACCUCUCCGCCGUCCUCGAGUACCUCGCCGCCGAGGUGCUGGAGUUGGCCGGAAACGCUGCUCGGGACAACAAGAAGAACCGGAUCGUGCCGCGCCACAUCCAGCUGGCGGUGCGGAACGACGAGGAGCUGAGCAAGCUGCUGGGCACCGUGACGAUCGCCGCCGGUGGCGUGAUGCCCAACAUCCACUCGACUCUGCUGCCCAAGAAGGCGGGUCAAAAGGGCGACAUCGGGUCCGCCUCCCAGGAGUUCUGAGCGCGUCGGCGGAAAGAGGAGAGAGACCGUCCCUGCCUUUGUCUUGUCCGCGUGGUGAUGCUUGAGCUUCGCGGGUUUUGGGGUGUUGUCGACGAGUUGGGACUGUUUUGGGGGUCUGUGGGAUGUAAACAAACGCAGCGCGUUGUUUCAUGAAUCAAUGAAUGAAUAUAAGAGAGUAUUAUUAUGAUUUCC